AGUAGGGUAGGCAGUUAAAAGAACAACAAGCGAUCUAAUAAUUGGGUCAGCUAAUAUGUAACCUAUUUGAGCGUGCAUUUCAUGCAAUAACAUAAUCGUAGCCUACGUUUCACCUUAACAUUGGAGCGAAUCAGUACCAGCUGCGAUUGGAGAGAACAGGCGGAGGAAGUGCGCAACGGACACAGACGCAGGAGAUAUCGGAGACAGACACCGACCAGAACAGAGCUCAUCAGCUUAUGGUGUUACUGUAUUGUGUAUUUGGGAAUCAAGUAUUUAAAUAAAACCUUUAAUUGAAAAAAAGAAGAAGCUUUGAAAAUGGGACAUACUCUGUUACCCAUAUUGAUGGCCAUAUUGUCCCACGGCAAUUGGGGGAAUGUCGAGGCCUCGGCCGUGGCUGAAGUGAAUGGACCAGGCCCCCUGGUGGCCGAACCGCAGAUUGCCAUGUUCUGUGGGCGUCAGCUGCUGCACAUGAACCCUGAGACUGGCCGAUGGGAGCCCGACCCUGAGGGACGCAAGGGCUGCUUUACCGAGCCCAACGAGAUCCUGACCUACUGCCAAGAGAUGUACCCCGCCCUGCAGAUCUCCCACGUGGAGGAGUCUUCCGAGCCCGUUACCAUCCCAGCCUGGUGUAAGAAGGGCUGGGGUCACUGCCAGACACGGCCCUUCAUUGUCAUGCCCUACCGCUGCCAAGUUGGUGACUAUGUGAGUGAGGCCCUAUUGGUGCCAGAUAGAUGCCGUUUCCUGCACCAGGAACAGAUGGAUGUCUGUGAGAGCUACGUCUACUGGCAAAACAUGGCCAAGGAGGCCUGCACAGCAGACAAUCUGGAGCUGCAUAGUUAUGGCAUGCUAAUACCAUGUGGCAGCCGUUUCCGCGGUGUGGAGUAUGUGUGCUGCCCAGGGAGGGGUGGAUCGAGUGGCAGAGGGGAGACAGAGGGAGGAGACAUUCUCCCAGUAGGAACCCAGGCCCUCACUCCUCAGGCCAAAGUCAACACCCGAGUCAAAGCGACACCCCCCACCCCAAGUCCCUCACCCGACACUGACGUGGACGAGGCGGACAUGGAGGAGGAAGACGAGGAGGUAGUUGAAGAAGACGAGGAAGAGGAGGAGGCUGUAGAGGAUGAGGAUGCAGAUGAUGAGGAAGAGGUGGAGGAGCGGCAGGUGGCAGCAGCAGUGAAAGACCCAGAAGAGUAUGAGUAUUCCAUUGACUCCGGCCCCUACCAGGCUUCUGACUACACAGACUCCUUCUACUACGAGAAAGACCAGGGUCAGGGAGGUCGCAAGCCUUCUACGUCUCCACCUCAGACAAGAGGAGACAGCCUACCCACCCCUCGUCCCACAGAUGGCGUGGAUGUUUACUUCGAGAUGCCUGGGGACGACAGCGAGCAUGCCAACUUCCUGCGUGCCAAGAUGGACCUAGAGGAGCGGCGAAUGAAACGCAUCAAUGAAAUCAUGAAGGAAUGGGCUGAGGCUGACAACCAGUCCAAAAACCUGCCCAAGUCUGACCGCCAAGCCCUCAAUGAGCAUUUCCAAUCCGUGUUGCAAACUCUGGAGGAGCAGGUGGCAGGGGAGAGACAGAGGCUGGUGGAGACCCACCUGGCCCGGGUAGUGGCCACCCUUAACAACAACCGCAGGCUGGCCCUGGAGAGCUACCUGACAGCUGUGCAGAGCGAAACCCCACAGCCAGAGCGGGUGCUGCAGGCUCUGAAGCGCUACAUGGCAGCCGAGCAGAAAGACCGUAGACACACUCUGAGACACUACCAGCACAUUGAGGCUGUUGACCCGCAGAAAGCUGAGCAAAUGAAGUUCCAGGUAUACACCCACCUCCAUGUGAUUGAAGAGCGGAUGAACCAGAGUUUAGCAUUGCUCUACAAGAUCCCUGCUUUAGCUGAGGAGCUGCACGAUGAUAUCCAGGAACUGGUGAAGGCAGAGCGAGGAGACGUCAGUGAGCUCAUGACCACUUCUUUCUCUGAGACACGCACUACUGAGGAGCUGCUUCCUGCUGAGAGUGAAGAGGAAAAAGAUGAUGAGGAAGAGGAGGAGAGAGCCUUCCAGAACAGGCCCUACCCACCCCGCAUUGAACCUCAACCCAACACAAAGAAAACCUCUACAGAUGAGUAUGACUAUGCAACAUCUGAGCGAGGGCCUACAUAUGAAUAUGAGGAGAAGAUUAACACCUCAGUGGAGCUCAAGCAGGUGGUCUACAAGUCUCCUGGGAUCCAGAGAGAUGAACUGCAACCAGACGCCCUGGAGACAUUUAACCGUGGGGCUAUGGUUGGGUUGUUGGUGGUUGCCGUGGCAAUUGCCAUGGUGAUGGUGAUAAGUCUGUUGCUGGUGCGCAGGAAGCCAUACGGAACCAUCAGCCACGGCAUAGUAGAGGUUGACCCCAUGCUAACUCCAGAGGAGCGUCAGCUCAACAAAAUGCAGAACCACGGCUAUGAAAACCCCACUUACAAAUUCUUUGAGCAAAUGAACUGAGGCGGUGGGUGUGGCCUCCUGGUUAUGCCCAAUUACACAAUGCAAUCCCAUUUUUCCCCUUCUAGGGGCCACCCCAGUCACACUGGCUAGGACGUAUUAAGAUGUAUAAUUAGGCCCAAUAUUUAAUAUGUCCCAGAACUGCUGACCACAUCAGUUUUUGGAAUGUGUACCAGUAAAAACCGACAAAUUAACAACCCAUCCUCUUUUGGUCUAUAAUCAAAGGGUGGACAUUUACACCACAGAGUAACAAUCACUCCUGUCCACUUGGAUAGAAAUACCACUGGAGAUAUUUGAGACAACCCCCUAAACAAUUAACAUAUGGAUACUUGUCUGAAAAUGACUCAAUAUUGAACAGUGCAUUUGCUUUGUUGGAUUUGAUUUUCCUCUGUUCAGUCUCUUGUGAAUUAUGUCACAGGUCUGAUUCAUUCCAUCAGAUACAUAGUGUCAACGUUAAUUAACAUUAUAGGAGGACUACAGUGUAACCGAUGUAAACCUCCACACAAACCAGUUCUCUAUCCAAGGCUAAAAUGACACGAAGACCACUAAACCAAUCACAUCUCCACGAGUCAGUGUAAGCUAUGCACAGUUAAGAACAGAUGAGGAGGAGGUUGGGUUGGGAAUGUAAGGUAUUGAAGCUUGAUUGACUUAAUCAUAAUUCAGUUACACUACUUCCACCAACAUGUAUUUUAGAUCCAUAGUCAAAUGGGUUGGUGGUCUUUUGAUAUUUAGCCCAACCAUCAUCAUCUUAAGCCUGUGGCAUCUGAAGAAACAUACACAAUCAGCAUUCAGAGCCUAUUCCAUGUGACGUGAACUAUUCAAUUCCACCGAUUUACCAAAUGUACAAUUCUAAGUCAAUUAGUGAAUGAUAGCUUUUAAUUUUCUUGUACUGCUACCUAAAAGAUUGUUACGAAGUAAUCAGAAGUCCAUAAUUUUACUGAAAGCAUGCAGAUUUGGUGUAUGAUGCUACCGUCUUUGUGUUGUUCCUGUUUUUUUAUGCUUUUGACAAGGUCGAAAUGUCACAGAAUAAAAUGGUCAGUGUAAAUAUCUUUAGAAAAAACAUGACUUGAAUAGAUAUUUCUGUAAUUAAUUUGCAUCAGUGUAAUGAAAUAAUAAAAAAAUAAGAAUACCUUGUGCUGUUCAGAGAGAGAGAACAUUUUAACAUGGCUGAUUGAAAACGGACUGUUGUAAAAACCAGCACAAGAUGACAGUUAACUUCGGACUAAGGUAUUUUAGGUAGUCAUUGAGAAUCGUUUACUUUUCAAUAACACAUGAAUCCCCUAUUAGAACUCCAAGGAGUAGCAUGUGAUCAAUAGACAAGCUAUGUCCAAUACCUUCAUUAUUUCACAGCAGUUCAACACUGGAUGUCUCUAAUUUAACAAUUUUCAGGUUUGAAUGAGAACAGUGGCAUAACCAUUCAUUAUUAUGGUGAAGUGGAAUUCAGCAUUGAGGUACAUAGUGAUCUUGGUAAAAAAUUUGAUAUUGGGCAGCAGUUGGGCCUAAUGAAGGACUAUUGCUCAGAUAGGUUGUAAUGUCAAUAAUUCUUCUAGCCCAUCUCAGAGGCAGGACUAAUAUCAAAGUUUAUUACUUACAAUUUAAGUCAAUCUUUUAUCUUUAGGGACAUAUCAGGUUUGCAGGUAAAAUUAACAUUAUAAAGAAAAAUUGAUAAACCCCAGUUGUUAGUCCAGUAUUAUGGCUCCUUUUUCUGUUCAAUUUCUAACCCCAGUGAGAUGGAUUGCAUCUGUCUGUUAUUAUGAUUAACAUCAUUUAUUAUCCUUCAUAGAUAAGGAGGUAUUGUCCACUUGGCUGAUUUUCAUGGACAGACUUUUUUCCCCACUACAUGAUAAAGAUAGUGUGGGUAGAGGUCACAUAUGCUUACGUAGUGAGAGGUUGCAAUCUAACUCGGGUGUCAACCGAAACUCAUUUGGCCUAUUUACUAUACAGAUGAUCUUAACCAAAACCCUCUCAGAAUGCUGAAAAUAGUUUUUGGGAAAAAAAACAUUGAAACGUCCUUAGGUGUAUAAUAAUUUAUUUAUAACUCAUGGCUAGGUUUUUCAGCUGUUGUGUGGUUGAUGAAACCACAAGCAGAGACAAAGGAGUUGUUAUUGUUGAGAGCAUCAGGAGAGAUGUGGCUCACUCAUCACUUAAAAGGAUUCUGUUUUUAUAUUCAAAUAAUGCUUUGAUUAUGAGGAAGAGGAGAUCAAAUUCUUGAGCUCUGAGAUUGGAUUUUCCAUGCGUUGUAUUUGAGGAGUGUGAAUCACAGGUUGUGGUUGCUGCGUCAUGAGAUGUAGAGAGCCAAGUUAGUCCUUGUAUAAUUUGUACAGCUCUCUUUAGUGAAUGAAAAUGUGGUAUGUUCACAGUUUGUUAGGGGAACCCUGUAUCAAUACUACUGAAACCAUAGAAGAGAAUAAGCUUGUCUAUGUUUCCCCAAAGACUCUAGGUUUCCUACCAGCAUUUAGCAGACAUAGAAUGGUGUAUAAUGUAGUGACUGAACACACAUUUGUAGGUCCUGUAUUAAUUAAGGUAUGUCUAUGUUGGCCCCCUCCCAUUCAAUUAAAAUGCAAACAAUGAUAUGGAGAUUUUAAUUGCUGCAUUAUUGCCUUUUACAAUGCUGUGUUUUGGAUGUAAUUAUAUGUAUUUUUUAUUUAUAAGUAAUAUUCAAUUGGAUUGAGGGUCAUGCUUUUUCGCUAUAUGAAAGAUUAGUAGCUUGUAUAAGAAUACCUAAAGAGGUUAAUCCAUGUCUAUCCUGCAGUUCAGAUAAAAUAGACAGACCUCCACUGAAGACCUAUUACUAAAUGUACCAUGGUGUGGCGCCAAGCACAACUAUUAGCAAAGGAUUGCUCCACAGUAGACAAUUAAAUGCCAUACAUACACCAAUGGCCGUGUACGAGUUGAACUCCCCUCAUUUUGACUAUACUCGGAUUUGCAUUAUACAGAUGACAUCAGUGAGACUGCUGAUCUUCAGAUGUAUUCAGAACUUGACCAAAGACAUGCUCUACUCUGGAGAUCAGAAAAUUGAGUAAUUUGAUCAAAUGUUUCUGAGCUAUGUUGAGUGUAGACCUAAUUGUAUGUGCAAGAAAAAUGUACAAUGGAAAUCUGAUCAAGCUCAUUAAAACUGUUAUUAAAUGACAAAUGACCCAAUAAA